UAUUCAAACUUCCGCCGUGCGGUGUUAUUCUGUUGUCAUCGAUCUUCUCGUUUUCUUUGUAUGCAUCGGGCCAGUUUCAUACGUGUAGGUUUCCUUUUAUUUUUACUUAGUCAUAACCGAUUUCCGCUAUAGCCCAUUUCAUAUCGCAAAAUGGAAGAAAACGAAGAAUUUAGUGGAAACUCGACGGAAAACCAAAGACGCAAACUUCGCAGGGUGUCAUCGAGGACGUCUACAACCAGUGUCAUCAGCGCUGCAGAGCCCUCUCCUCAAACCCUGCGGAGAAACAACUCCAAGAAACCGCCGCUGCAGAGAGGCACCUCUUUCACCUUCCUCACUCCUGGGACUCCGUGGGACUUCAGCCUAAAAAGAAAGCGCAAAGAGAAGGAGGAUGACACCGUCAGCCUGUCCAGCUUCGACCUCAAGGAACCCAGUAACAAGCGUGUCAGAUCACUUGCCAAAGUUUCAUCCCUCGUCAACUUGAUAUCUCCUUCAAAGCAUGGAGCAGUGCGGCGCUUCGGUCAGUCCAUCCAGUCAAUGUCAUCACGUGAUAGCAAGUCACCAGGUGGGUCCCUCAGAGGUGGCAGCAAAGCUUCAGGUCCGACUCCCACUAAACGGAGAAACAGCACCCUGUGGUCUGAGACGCUGGACGUCCAUCAGAAGAGCACGUUCUCGACAAAAGAGAUCAAGAGACAAGAGGCGAUUUAUGAGCUGUACAGGGGAGAGCAGGAUCUCAUCGAAGAUCUUCAGCUUGCCCGAAAGGCUUACCACGAUCCGAUGCUAAAGCUUUCCAUCAUGACAGAAGAGGAACUGGCUCACAUCUUUGGCGGCUUGGAUGCAUAUAUCCCUCUACACCAAGAAUUAUUGAAGAAGCUGACAGCAGGAAUCGGCCCUGAUGGAACAGUAGCACAGAUUGGACAGAUAGUGAUAGAUUGGCUGCCUGGUUUAAAUGCCUACAAAAACUACUGCAGCAACCAGCUUGCUGCCAAAGCCCUGCUGGACCAGAAAAAGCAGGACAAGCGGGUCCAGGAUUUCCUGCAGCGCUGUCUGGAAUCCCCCUUCAGCAGGAAGUUGGAUCUCUGGAGCUUCCUUGACAUCCCUCGUUCACGUCUGGUGAAAUACCCACUGCUGCUGCGAGAGAUCCUUAGACACACUCCUCCCGAUCACCCAGAUGUGACCAGUCUGGAGAGAGCUAUCACUAUAAUCCAGGAGAUUUUGUCUGAUAUCAAUGUGAGAAAGGGAGAGUGUGAGUGCCAGUAUUACAUAGACAAACUGGAGUUUCUGGAUGAUAAGCAGCGGGACCCCCUCAUAGAUAAAUGUAAAACACUUUUGUGUCACGGCGAGCUGCGGAACAAGAGCGGCUCGAGGCUGCACGUGUUCCUCUUCUCUGAGCUGCUGGUUCUGACCCGGCCGGCGACACGUAACGAGAGGAGCUGCUUCCAGGUGUAUCGACAGCCCAUCCCCGUUCAGGACUUGGCCCUGGAGGACCUGCAGGAUGGCGAGAUACGCAUGGGUGGGUCCUUCAGAGGGGCUUUCACCAAUGGAGAGAAAGCUAAGAAUGUUUUCCGUGUGAGCUCUGUGACCCCUUCUCACGGCCAGUCCCACACCCUGUACGUCAGCGACGUCUACCACAAGCAGCAGUGGCUCAACUGCCUCCGUGCCGCAAUGUCCCAACAGCAGGGGGCUCCAGAAAGAGUUGAGCAGAGGGCAAACGUCCCAGCAAAAAGCCACUCCUCUGUGAUGUCAACCACAGUCUGUGAGGAAGACGAGAACUGUCCGCCUGUCUCUGGCCCCAAACUGAGGCCCCAGACACUUUCCAAAAGCAGACUGGACCAGAAGUUACAGGGCUCACUGAAGAGGAAGGAAACUGGAGUGUAGAUAUUUAGAGGGUUCCUCUUACAUGUACUCAGCGUGUGGCCCAUCAUGUGUCUGCUUUUUCUUUUCUGUUUCUUUUUUCUCCACUGCAAAGUCUUCCCAAUCAUUACCGUCCAAAUGUUAAUCAAUUUGUAGCCCUUAAAAUGUGUAAUUAGU